UUGUCUCCUCGUGGUGAACAUUUUUGAUGUCUUGAGUGAAGAUGGCGGAAGCAAACGAAAAACGCCGAGUGGUCGAAGUCACGGUGGUUCGUGGCACCCGGGUUAAUAGUCUUCGUUACAACACCGCAUGUGGCUACAUAUUCUAUAAAAAGGAACAAAGAGGGAAUGUCCUCAGAUUAGAGUGUUAUAAACGUAAACUGGGCUGCCCAUGUACAAUCGCAAUGCGUGACGGCAUAUACGUGCAAACCGGUGAACACAACCACGAUACCGAAAUCAUGGAACAGAGACGAGCGGCAAUAAUACGUGAGUGGGAAAUUAUAGCCGGUGAUCCCCGAAUGGGUCGACUGGGACCUAAAGCAAUCGUAGCUGAAGCUCGAAGUAGGCAUCCGAAAGCUAAAAUUGUGUUGAAUUCGGCGGUGGAAAGAAGAAUCCAACGAGCGCGUGAGCAUGCUGCUCGUCGUUCACCUGAGCGCCCUCGAACCCCUGAAACACCUCCAGUACGGCCACAAACUCUGGAAACACCUGCACUACAGCCUGAAUAUCCGCAAGCACAUUCGAGGUGGCAAGAAACUUCUCCUAUGCGCAAGGUGACUCCUAUUCCAUUCCGGACUGCCAUUGAACAUCCGGACGCCAUUUUUGGAAAACGAAUAAUGGUCGCUCACCAUGCUGAUGAAGGAAAUUACUCAGACGAACGUGUUGACCGGAAAGUUGAUAUCUCCUAAAAAAAAGGAUGGGAACACCUAUACCAAAUUAUUGCAACACCAACAGAUGGUGAAACAUUUCAUUAAUUCAGUGUAAUUUUUUGUUUAUCGUUAAAUGUGAUACCAAGCCACAGAAUGUCAUCUAAGAUAAAGAGGAUUGAAAUAUUUGAGGUGAACACGUCUAACUAGAAACUGUCUCAACUAUAAUUGAAAGUUUCGUUAACUCAGAUAUCUUAUUAUGCAAUGUAAAAUUUGUUUACCAUAUGAUGUGUACUUGUCGUACGUAUGAUUCAGAAUUAUAAAUUAAACUAGAUUUUGGAAACUAAAUUGUUUUGUUUAUGAGC